AGAAAAAUUUGAACUUUAUAUUCAUGUUAUACAUUGAGCCUGCAAUGGAAAAACUGCAUGAAUAUACUAAAUCAAAAAAUGAUGGCAUAGUUUCUUGUGGCCUACCCAACUUCACGGAGGAAUGUUUUGACCUGGACCAUAUUUUUGUUCAUCAUGACAAGGAGAAUGAUACCAUUUUUAAUAAACUACAAUAUUCCCAUGAUACUACGGGAAAACUUUGUGUUAAUGAAAAAAUUCCUAAAAGGAGUCUUCAAGAGGAAGAUGAGAGACCAACAAAGAAGACCACAGAAAUGAGAGACUCUGGUAAUUUGACUAGAAACUCUAAAUUAUUGCAGCGCUUCUCAUCUUUAGCUGAGGACGAUUUUGAUUGCUUUGGUGAUGAUUUCAAUUUUCUGUGUCCCAAGAGUAGCCAUGUUUCUGAUAAAAAAGACCCAAGCAAAAGCAAAACAUUUCCUCAGGAGCAAAAUUCAUUGAUUGAUGGUAAUUCUGCUAUUCUUGAAUUGUUCAAUACCUCAAAAAUCCCAUUUUCAAGACCUUCAUCAUCUGAGCCAUCCACAUCGGUGCUGAAUAACAAAAAUUGUAAUUUUAAAAGCUCUGCAACUAAUGCUUGUGAAAAGCAGUCAAGUUUGUUUCAAAAUCCAAAAUGUAUAAUUGAUCAGAGGGACUCGGAAACAAUUUCUAAUAUGUGCAAUGCCAAGGCCUUUUUGUCUGUGAUCGGAAACAAAUCAAUGAAUGAGGAAAAUUGUAAUAGAAUUACAUUAGGUUCUGGAAAUCUUUCUCUACACAAUCACAAAAAGCCAACAUCCCUACAGGAAGCCCAGCCUGAUCUUGAACAUCCACACAAUGCUCAUGGUCCUCAAGCUUCAAUAUUUGCAGCUAAGAAAAAUGAACCACAACCUGGCAGCAUAAUCAUCUCCCCUAGUGUUGGUGAAACAUUACCAAGCAUUCCUCAGUCUUCCAGGCUAAGCAAUGAAGCAUCUCCUGCUCAUAAGUUGUCUAAAAAUUCCCCUAUAUUGACUGCUGAAGUGCAUGAAAAUUUUCAUCAACCGUUAAGAGAAAUCAAACCCAAGUUUCCUGGUCCAGCAGGCCUUCUUCCUAAUUUGGAAGACCUUGGUGACACCAGCUCCAUUGAAGCAACUCGGGCAAUGCUUGCUUUUCAGGAUAAACCAAUGAAAAAGGGCUCCUCUUCAGAUCCCUUGCCAUCGAUGCCACUGGGACCGCUGUGGGGCUACAUGCUACAAGACCUUGACAUCUCCGCCAACAGCCCUGACUCGCUGCUGCACAGGCACAACAUCGAGCGCAGCGUGCUGUACCCGCACAGAGGCAGCGCUGGGUCUUGUGGUGGCCUGCGUCGCGUUCCUUUACUCGCUGUACAAGUGAACUCUGUGCAGCCUGCGCACAGCCAGGCCACACUACAGCUCUGUGACCAUACUGGCGAGGUGAGCGGGCUGCUCUCGAGCAGCGGCGUGUCGUCGUACCUGCCACACCUAAGCGCCGGCUGCGCCCUCCUCCUGUCGGGGGUGACGGCGUGGCAGCGCUCGUACGCCAGACCGCCCAUCCUGGCCAUCACGGCGGACAACAUCGCGGCGCUGUACUCGCCAGUGCGCGCCCUGCCGCCGGCCGCUGGCCGCGUUGAUGCCCCUCCGAGUAGCGCGCGGGGCAGCGGCUGCGAUGUUAAAGUCACGUCAGGGCUGAGCGCCGAGGAGCGCCGGCAGCUCAAGGACAAGGUUGGAGUGGACAAGAUGCUGGAGCGAAGUCUUGUCGAGGAAGAUAGGAUCAGUCCUGUCAAGACCGCAUACCUCAGUAAGAGUAUGAAUAAUUGUGAUUAUGGACCAGCGCAGACGAAUCGCAGUUCUAAUUUGCCGUUUUCUUCGGCGUCCCGUGAUUUUAGACCACCGGCUCCGUAUAUCGGCAGGCCACGACCAGGAAAUGAAUCAUCUAUCAGGCCUUCAAAUCAAAGAUUAUUUAACCUUCCGAACAGUUUAAUUUCACCUAGUUUAAGAAGCCCAAAACCGUCAACAAAUGGUCAAGCUACAGCUUCGAGAGGGUCUGGAAACUCUCUUCAAUCAGCACAGUUGACAAGACCUCUCAGACCUUUGGGCUCAACACCGAUGAAUUCGUCUCAUAAUUUCGGCCCAAGUUUCCGCUUCUCCCCAAUCGCCCCAGGAGCUUCAAGAAGACCUCCAAUAGCUAAUCCCGCCACCGCGCUCCCUGCUCCAUCUUUACCCUCAUGUUCAACCCCUUCCAGAACUCAAUAUCGGUUGUCUGUGCCUAAACCCAAACAAAUCUGCUUUAAAUCAGUGGACACAAGUCAAGAGGCUUCUCAAUUUAAAUCUGGUGCACUAAUAAAUGAAAAUUUAACUUCGAAUCCAUGUAAUUCCAAGGAGGCAUCGGGUGUAAAUCAGGGCACAUGCCAUACAAGUUUAGCCAGCACCAAUGACCACAAUUUAAACCUUACGAGCACCUCACACGCGUCCCCUACUGAGAAGGAGCUGAGAGAAAUAAAAGAGCUGAUGGCCGCGUACGCUGAGGAAGAUUUUGAUGAUUUCUGAGACGAAUGUUGCCUAGAUAUGACAUUACUAUAUCUCAUGGCUCUAGUCUACAUCAUGAGUGUUGCCUAUAUAUGACAUUACUAUACAUCAUGAGUGUUGCCUAUGUAUGACAUUACUAUCUCAUGGCUCCAUAUCGUUAGUGUGGCCUAGAUAUGACAUUACUAUCUCAUGGCUCUAGUCUACAUCAUGAGUGUUGCCUAGAUAUGACAUUACUAUCUCAUGGCUCUUGUCUACAUCAUGAGUGUUGACUAUGUAUGACAUUACUAUCUCAUGGCUCCAUAUCGUUAGUGUUGCCUAGAUAUGACAUUACUAUCUCAUGGCUCUAGUCUACAUCAUGAGAGUUGCCUAUAUAUGACAUUACUAUUUCAUGGCUCUGUAUCAUGAGUGUUGCCUACGCAGCCUAUGUAUGAUAUUACUAUCUCAUGGCUCUAUAAUCUAUAUCAUGAGUGUUGCCUAUGUAUGACAUUACUAUCUCAUGGCUCUAUAAUCUAUAUCAUGAGUGUUGCCUAUGUAUGACAUAGGCAACACUCGUGUAUUAUGGCUCUAUAUCCUCACCAGCUCAAUGUAUUCGUAUGGGAAGGCCUCGUGAGAGAAUAUUCACCUCACGAGACUAUUAUGCAGCUUAAUAGUGCGUUUCCUCAUUGUUUGUGAUUUCCACGCCUCGUAUCAGUAUUUCUGAGCCAAUAUCGGGCCAAAGCUUGUAAUCCAAUCAUCAUCAUCAUUCAUGGGCUCGUAACUCGUUCUCGAUUUUUCGAAUUCAUUAGAAAAUUAUUCUGUCGUUGUAGUGAAGGCGCUGUUUUGUUUACAGAAAGUGUUUACUUGUUUCUGGUGCUCUAGUGUUAUUGACUGUAGUUUAGUUAUAUUAUUUUGAGACCAUGUCUAACUUCCAGCCACCAAAGACUUCAAUUUUAGGUUCACUCUAAACUGACGCUACGAUGAACUAUGAGCCAAAAAAAUAAAUUGCAUUUCAAAAAAUUUCCAGCUUCUUGCUCCUUAUCCUCGAUGUGUUUUCUCUUCGCCAAGACUUCACUGGCGUUUGCAUGCCUAUUCUUACCAUCUUAUAUUCUAUAUUCUUAUUUCUCAUAUUUCUAUAUUUAUAUAGAAAAUAAUCCUUCUUCUUUGUCUUUAUUCUCGAUGUCGUCCUACUCUUAGCAUAUGUGACGCGACAACGCGAGGCCGGUCAGAAUUGUUCACUUGAGACUGUUCACGCUGCAAUGUUAGUAUCUUUGUUGUUUGUUCCUGUGUUAUUUGAAGCGUCAAGACGGCAGUAGCUAUCAGCAAUUAUAGUCAGUGAUAUUAAAAUUUGUAUUGCCUUG